AUGCUUAUUUUAACAGAAAAUAUUUUUGAGAAAUCAAAUAAUUCAAAGAGUUCAAGAAACGAAGCAUUUUUAAAAAGUAACAGUACACAACUGAAAGUUAUAGCAAAUAGAAUUACUCCAUAUUGUAGAGAAAUAUCAAAAAAUAAAAAAGUUUUAAUAAAAACUCGUAAAUAUUCAAGUAGUAUAAAUAAGAUAAAAUACAAUUAUUCAAAUUCAAGAAAAAACAUAGGUAAUUCUCUAGUAAAAAAAAAAUUGAAAACAUCUUCAAAAGAAAAAAAAAAGGAUUUAUGCCAAUUAGAAGUCUUUUCAAAAAGUAAAAAUAAGAAAAAUCAAGUUAUAGCAAGUAGAGUUAACUAUAAUAUUAUCCUCAAAAAUUUUUAUUUAAAAAAUAUUGAAGAUCAGAAAGAUUUAUUUUUAUUACAUUUAAAAUCUAAAGAAAGAAAAAAAAUUCAUAGGAAAGAAAAAUCAAAAAAGAAUUUAUUAAAUAUAAAAGGAAUAUCAUUAGACAAUCUUAAAGAUAUAUGUAGAAAAAAUUUUGAUAAUUUUUAUAAAUUAGGUAAUAUUCUACAUCAUAAGGUAAAAAAUAUAAAUGAUAUAGAUACAAAUGAUAUUAUAAAGAAUAAGCAAUUCAAUUAUAAAAAAGUAGGCAAUUUAGAUUUUAUUGAUACACCGCAAAAUUAUGCAAUAUUAGACAUACCAUUUAGCAAUAAUGAUAAUUUUUUUAAUCCAUAUGUAAAAACACAUAUGUUAAAACUUCCAAUUUGUAAUAAUUACAAUAAACGAAAAUUAAUUAGUAAUAGUUUAAUAGACUCAAUCGUAACUUUAUCUAACGAGCUAAAUAGAACGAAUGAAAAAAAAAAAACUUUUAAAUAUGAAAAUAAUAAAAAUGAAAAAAGUAUGCUUCAUUAUGUAAAUAAAAUAUUACAUGAUAGUUAUGUUCAUUGUGAUCGUAGUGUUAAUGUAAAAAAAAAUGAAAUUAAAAAAUUAGAAUAUAAAAUAAAAAAGUACACUGAUAUACCUCACUUAUGCUUAAGAAGUUUAUCAAAAAAUAUAGAAUGCAAAAAUAAGAAUAGUAACAAAAAUAAAUCUAAUAAUUAUGAUAUAUGCUAUGAUAGUGAUUAUAACAUUUAUUACGAUAGAUUUUUCAUGGAUAAAUAUAAUAAGAAUGAAAAUAUAUAUGUAUAUGAUAAGGAAAAAAAAAAUAAUGAAUUGUCUUUAAAUUCAUAUUUAUAUGCAAGUUGUUAUUCUGAUAAUUACUUUUCAGAAAAAAAGAAAAAAAAAAAACGCUGUGGAUUUCAUCAGACCUACAAUUCAUUUAAUUAUAUAAAUUUAUAUAUACAAGAAAAAAAUAAAUUUUUCUAUACAAAGAACGGUAAUCAAAAUAUUAAUUUUAAAUCUAUCAUAGAUAGUCAAAUUAAUAAAAAUGAUGUUAAAGAAUUAUAUGCAUUUAAACAAAUAGAAAAUAUUAAUGAAAACUAUAAGUCAAAAAAGCAAAAAUCUGUAAAAACAGAAAUAGAUAAUAAAAUAUCACUUUAUGUAAAUAAAGAUAAAUGUAACGAAUCUUUUAAUUUUAAUAACAAUAAUGAAAUAACGAAUAGUAACAUAUUUAAUAAUUAUAAUAAUUACAAUCACAUGAAUACUAAAAGUAGUAUAAAUAUGUAUAAUAGAGUAGAAUGUAUUGAUAAAAACAAAAAUAAUGAAUUAUUCAAAACAAAUGCUUUGAACGAUUAUAAUAAAAGAUUUUCCACUGAUUCAUUACAUUAUAUUAAAAAAAAUCCAACUAUUUUUGUAGACUCAAAUAAGAAUAUAUCUACUACAAAGACUGACAUUAAGGAAAAAUUAAAAGAAAAUUCUAAUUUAAAAGAUAACUAUCCAAAAAAAAUUGUUUAUGCGGAGAAAUACCUUCUAGAUAAAAAAGUAAAUUUUAAAAAUGAAAAAGAAGAAACAUAUAUACAUAAAAAUAAUAGAACAAAUGAAGAUAAAAAUCAUGAAAAUGUAGAUAAGUAUAGUAACUUAUGUAAAAAUGUAGGUAACUUCAAUAGUUGCAUUUUUUCUAAAAAUGCAAAUGAUAGUUUUAUAAUUUCAAAUAUAGCAAAUUCUCGUAGUAAUACAAAUAACUUUAAAAAUGUAAGUAGAAGCCAUUGUAAAGAUUUAAUCAUUCAUUUUAAUAGAAAUAAUAAUAUUAAUAUUAGAGAUGAAAAUAAUGUUAGUAAUAACAGUAAUAAUAAUAAUAAUAAUAAUAAUAAUAAUAAUAAUAAUAAUAAUAUCAGCAGUAAUUAUAAUGACACUUAUAAUAAUUAUGUCAUAAAUAGUAAUAGUAACAACAAUAGUGAUAAUAAUUUCAUUCAUAUUUAUAAUGAUUAUAAUUUUAAUGUAAACAACAUUAAAAGAAAUGAUUCAUAUAUUAAUACAUGUGAAAAUAAUAUUAAUGAUAAAGAAUUUGAUAAAAAUUGCAUAAAUAAUUACACAGAUUAUAGUAUCAAUUAUGAUUGUUUUAGAAAUGUAUAUAACAAUUUUAAUAAAUGUUUUAAAAGUGAUCAUAUAAAAAAACAUAUUUUUUGUAGUUCAAAUAGUCUUAUUAAUAAGAAAAAUAAUGAUUUUAUUUGUAAAAUAUCGUCAGAAGGCAAUAAUGAUACAAUUAAAAACAAAAAUAAUAAUAAAAAUAUUUUUAUGAACUUAACGUCUUUACAGAACAAUAUAAAUAAGAAUUCUCUUGAUAACGAAAGUAUAAAGAACAAUUCCGAAUUAAUAAUAAAUAAAUUUAGAGAAUUAAAAAGUUUAACAUCAAGUAUCAAUUCUGUAUCUAGUGAAGAAUUAUUUAAAACUCCUAUAGAAUCAAAUAUAGAUAAUUACAAUUUAAAUAGUUUUAACAGUUUUGUUUCUGAAGGAAUUAAGACUUUGUGCAUUAUUAAAUCAAAACAUAAGAAAAAAAGAUUAACUAACAAGACAUCAUUAAUAGUUGAUUUCAUAAAUUCACAUUCUAAUGAUAUUAAUUUGAUAACACAUAAUAAAAAGUUUAAUAAUUUAUUAUUUAAUAAAAAUAUAAAAAUGAAUAAUAAUGACCCUGAUUUUUUAGUGGACGAACGUUUAAUGAAAUGCUUGAAAGAAAGUUCAUCAAAUUUUAAAACAAAUGAAGAUUAUGAAAGAUAUUGCAAUGAAGACAAAAUAUUAAACCCAGAUUAUAUACCCUUAGAAUCUAAAAAACUUGGAGAAAAAUUCUUAAAAAGUCAAAAAGAUCUAUUUUCAUCCUUGACUAAUAACAAUUUUACUUAUGACUCAAACGUAAAUAAUGCUGAAUGUGGUAAUAGUUGUUUUAAAAAUGAUAAAGGCUACAACUUAUUUAAUGAUUCCAAUAAAAGUUAUUUUAAUAAUAUGAAUAUCAAUAUAUUCAAUAACAAUGACUACUUAAAAGAUAAAAACAAUAAUUAUAAUAAUAAUAAUAAUAAUUUACACAGUAAAAAUUAUAUGAAUUCUAUAAAUAACGAAUAUUACAUGAAAAAGAGUAAUGAAAACACAAAAGACAAAUUUAUUAGAUAUUAUGAAAAAUAUUCUAAUAAAGAUAAUGAUGAAAACGAGGAAAAGAAAUUAAAUUAUACAGAUUGUUACGAUUUUAAAAAUCCCUUAUUAAAUGGAUUAAGUAGAGAUGAUAGUUUUUAUUCUGAUGAUGAUAUAAGAAAUGAUGACAACGAGACAAGUUUCCUAAAAGAUUCAUUGAAUUCUUUUGAUAAUUUGGAGUCAACAGAAAAAAAAUACGAAGAAAUUUUGCGCGAUUUUAAUGGAAAAAUACCAUUACUUCACAAAGUAUUAAAACCUUUACCACAAAAAAAUAGAUCUAAUAAUUUUGACAUUUGUUUAUAUUUAUUACAAAAACAUGGAGGUGACUUAAAUAACGAGGAAAAUAUUUGCAUAUUAAGAGAUAAGGAAAUUGUUGAACAUAGUGCUAUAUAUGAUACAAAAAAAGGUUGUAUAAAAAGUAAUAUAACAAAUGUGACAAAUAUAAAAUUAUAUCAUCCUAAAUGGUAUAAUAAAAAAAAAAUUAUUGAAAGAAUGAAAGAGCAAAGUUGUUAUAAUCCUUUUACAAUAUUUGGAUCAGCACCAACUUUACUAGAUUUUGAUGAAGUUUUUGAUAAAGAUGUAUACAAUAAAUUUGUCUCAAAAAACAGUCGUAAAUCUCAUUCCUUAUUAAGAAUAUUAGCUAAACAAAAAGUUAUAAGUAAUUUAAGUGAUAAAAUAUCAGAUAAAGAGUGGCCACAAGUUCAUGCUUAUUUAAAAAAACGAUGGAAUAAAGAAACCAAUUUAGAAUUAAAUUGGGCAUGUGAUCCAUUAUUAUAUGAAGAAUUAGAGUGGUACUUAAGCACAAAUAAUGAAUAUCUUAAUAUGACUGAUAAAGUAGCUGAUAUUGAAGUAUGUUAUUGUCCAACCCUAAAUCCAAGCUCCUAUUAUGCAUGGAAUGACUCAAGAGUUAUUUAUACUAAUUUAUGUUACAACAAAUCUAAGGAAGAGAUAGACCCCAAUUAUUCUAGCAAAGGAAACUAUAUGAUAAAUAAGAAUAUGGGAUUAAAAAAUAACGAUAAGCAAGUUUCAAUUAGAAAAAGGGCAAGUGGAUGUGAACAUCUUAUGUUUAAACAAAAUAUUAUGAAACAAAAAAAUUUAUCAAAAAAAAAAAGGAAAUUAUUAAAAAAAAAAAAAAAAAUUCUGAAGGAAAAACAAAAAUCAUUUAAUCAUCAUAAUUAUAGAAGUACCUAUAAUGAUGAAGCAGAACACUGUGAAAAUAAUUAUAAUAUCUUUUUCCAAGUAAGUAAAAACGACUACGUAAAUGAUCAAUAUAUUAAUGAAUUAAAAAAUAAAGCUGAUAGCAGUAAUACUUAUCCAAACAUUUUUUUAACAAAAAGUAAAAAAAGUGUUUGUAACAAUAAAAAUGACAAUACUAUUCCUAUUAUGACUGUAAAUACAUCACUGUAUAGACAUAAUAUGGAUAAUAAAUACAACUGCAACAACAC